UCACACAGCCGUCUGAUUGGCCGAGGAUGCGGCAACCAGGGGGGGCGAGAACAAUAGCAUCAUUCCGCCAUAAAAAGAGUGGAGCUAUGCCUUCGAGACGAAAACAUUUCAGCAACAGAAGGCUCCAAACAACGGGCAGAUAAAGUCCCUGCUCGGUCGUCAGGUGUUCCCAUAUUUCGAAGCACCCUGGAUACUCGACACCGCAUUCGCAUCCUCCAAGUGCCUUCACGCCGCUCCCCGCAGCCAACAUGCCCAAAGGAUUCCUGGUAAAAAGAAACAAGAAGUGUGCACAUGUUUCCUACAGGACUCGGUCAGACGAGGACGACCUCCAGGAGCCCUGCACCCACCUCACCCGAGCUGCCUUCCCGAGUCAGAUCCAGCCAUGCCUGCCGCCGAUGUGUGGGGCGUCCAGCCCGGCUCGCCCCACGGUGUCUCCGGAUCUUGCGGUAGCCGACGCGCCGGUGCCAAAAACCGAGAAGCCGGCCCAGUUCGGCAACCCCGAGACGGUGUGCCAAGCCCUGUACAGCCCGACCCGGCCCAUCAGCAAGGAGCACGACAGGGCGUAUUUUGAACGUAGUUUAAAUCUGGGCUCGCCCAUUUCCGCUGAAUCAUUCCCGACACCUGCUUCACUCUCCGGCCUGGAUCACCUCCUGUACGCCCCGGUCGACUUGAAGAUCGGCACGAGCAACAGCAGCCGAAGCGGUACGACGAGCAUCAGCACCAGCAGCAGCAGCAGCAGCAGCGCCGGCAGCGGCGGCGCGCUGCCCGCACUGAGCAAUCGCAUCGCCGGGACCAAGAGACCGGCGGCCGACGGCACGGAGCGCAAAUCCAAAGCCGCUCCCAAGAAACCCAAAGCCAUCCGCAAGCUCAACUUCGAGGACGAGAUGACCACCUCGCCCGUGCUGGGGCUCAAAAUCAAAGAGGGUCCCGUGGAAGUGAAGCCCAGGGCGCACGCGUCGGGAGCCAACAAGCCUUUGGGGGAGUUCGUGUGUCAGCUCUGCAAGGAAGCCUACGCGGAUCCCUUUUCCCUGGCCCAGCACAAAUGCUCCCGCAUCGUUCGGGUCGAGUAUCGGUGCCCGGAGUGCGAUAAAAUGUUCAGUUGUCCCGCUAACCUCGCCUCGCACCGCCGCUGGCACAAGCCGAGAACCGGCGGCGCCCCGGCAGUUCCGCCCCAGUCGACGCAGGGCACCAAACCCGAAAUGGCCAAAAUGGCACCCGCGGGUCUCAAAUCAGCCUCCGAAGAAGCCAAAGACGCGAGCGACAGAGACACCCCGAGUCCGAGUCUGUCCGAGUCCGGUUCCGACGACGGUUCGUACGACUGCCACUUCUGCGGGAAGAGGUUCAAGCGCCAAGCAUACCUAAGAAAACACAUCAUGGGACACCAGGUGGUGCAAAAGAAAGUUCUGGAGGAGAACGGAUUCCCGUUGGAGCAGGUGCCGCCACCUUCAUCCUCGCCCGCCUCCUCCUCCUCCUCCUCCCCCCCAGAGGACGCCUCGAACCAAAGUCCCCUCAAUCUGAGCCCCGCCGACCGCCUGCUGUGUCCCGUGUGCGGCGAGAGUUUCACCAGCAGGGCGGGCCAGGAGCGACACCUGCGCCUCAUGCACUCGUCCCAAACGUACCCGUGCAAGUACUGCCCCGCCACCCUGUACAGCUCUCCGGGACUGACCAGGCACAUAAACAAGUGCCACCCGUCGGAGAACCGCCAGGUGAUCCUGCUCCAAAUGCCCGUGCGGCCCGCCUGCUGAACGUAGAAUUUGUGCCUUUGGACAAGGAGGAAGAAGAGAACCAACAACUCAAGGAAAGUUUGAGGGGGGGUUCGAAAGAAAAGAAAAGAAAACAACAAAAAAAGUUUGUCAGUUCCAAGUGGUGUCUUUCCCCCCCUUUAUGCCAAUCAGUGAUUGUUGAACGCUUCUCUUUCGAUUUCAACGAGAUACAGUACACACAUAGGCCUAUUUUGAGACGUUCUUUUCUCAAAUUAGUUUACGGAAAAGUUUAGUUUUGACUGUUAAAGGGUAUUUUUUCUAGGACAGCAAAUGUACUCAAUGAUAGCUUCUAGACCUAAGAAUUGUUCAGAAAUCCGUCAAAGCCUUUCUUUCGUUUUUUAAAAACAAACAAAAAAAAUAUGGAUCACUGUAGCUUUGUUUAUGAAAGACAAAAUGAUCAAGUUUGUCUUAAUAAUGUGUGACUGAAGGAUUGUCUGUUGAGUAGAGCCACAAAUGCCUUUAGUCUAUAGCCCGAAAUAGCCUCCAUCUCAUCCAAAUCCCGCUGUACAACUGCCUUAAAGAGUCAACAUAGAUUAUUUUCAUUUUGAACGCUGGCACAUAUUUUAAUGCUAUUAUUAUUAUUAUUAUGAUUACAAUUGAAGAUUGUUGCAAUAUUUUUGUUGUCAUCAUACGUUUGUUUAUUUAUUUAUUUAUUCGAAUGAUUUUAUGUAACUUAUUGAUGUGAUUGUUGUGAUUUCCGCCCCCUCUUUGUGAAUCGUUCUGACAGUUCACAUGUCGUUUAGCCAAAUUGACUGUUUUCUUUAUUUUCUUGUCUAAUUUAUGAGUUGUGACAAGUGUCGUGGGUCGGGUUCUAAUCAUCGAGAUCCACAACUCUUGUGAAAAGAAGAAAACAAAAAAAAACACGAAGCUCUUAACUUAGAUGCAAUCUUUUUUAAGGAUGUUAUUUUUCCUAAAUGUUGGCUUUUAUAGCGCUUUGAUUGUAUGUGCAUAUUGUUGAUGUCUAUCGAAAUGAUAAUAAAAAAUAUUUUGAAAA